UUUUGAAAAAGCAGCGUUUGUUGUUGUUGGUUUCGGUGUUGUGCAGAGAAGAGAGUGAAAUUCACGAAUGAUGGCUGGUGUGUCAGAGGCUGCUCAGAGUGAGCUGAUGGACCAGUGUGAGGAGCAGUUUGCUCAGCUGGAAAAGCUUCAGAAUGAGAUCAUACUGUCUGAACCAGACUUCUGCGAGAAUCCUCAGGAGCAGGCAGUAAAUCAACUGAUGGCAACAGAAGCUGAACUGAAGCAGUGGCUGACCGUGGAGCCAGAAUUGCUGGCAUCAAAUUCAGAAGUUUCACUUCAAGCUGGAAAAGAGGAGAUGCUCAAGCUGUGCUCUGAACUUGAGAUGGUUGUUUCUUGCCAUGAAGCGAAGAGAGACAAAUUAAGAGAAACUAAGGAACUUGAACAGAAGUGGUUGGAGGAGAAGAAACAGGCGCUGAUGGCUGCCAAUGACCAUGUCGAACGACUUAAAAUGGAAAAGGCGAAAUUAUCAGAGCACAGUAUAUUGCAGGACACCAAGUCGAAAAUCCAUAAAAUGAAGGUCUACCAGGAAAGGUUAAUGGAGUCUCUGGGGGACAUACUGGAGAAGCACGUCCCUCUCCCUCAGAAUGAAUCCAGUACAAACAAAAAGAAGAAGAACCUUACCCAGGAGUUAGAUGAAGACUUGAUUUCGCUUAAUGAAAUUCUUGAGCUGCUCAUGAACAAGGUCCUGAAUACACCACACGACCCCUAUGUGACAGUGGACAACACAUUCUGGCCCCCGUACAUAGAGAUGCUGCUCCGCUAUGGCAUUGCUGUGAGGCACCAAGAGAAUAACUUCAAGAUCCGCCUGGAAACCUUUUGUUAAGUCAGUGGUGCCUCAUGCAUCUUAAGUACCACUUGUCUUCUAGUGUUUCUAAUUUGAGUCUGAAUGUUUAGUGCCAUCAUUAUGUAUGUUAUGUUUGUGUAAGCUCAUAUGAAGAAUAACUGCUGGGAAAGCAAUGAGGGUAGAGAUAUAAUGAAUUGUGAAUUAUUAAAUUAGUAACAUGCCAAAUUAGGGUUCACAUAAGUAUUUUUUAAGAUAUGUUGUACAGAGCAACCAUGGUUCCUUUAAAACAUCUGAGUACACCUUAAUUUAAGUCUAAACUCAUAUCAAUAGGGUUUAUAUUUUCUCUUAAGUACAUAUUUCCUUUGAUCCUAUUUUCAUAGCUGUUUUCAAUGGCAGGAUUUAAUCAGCUAUGAGCAACGUAAGUUUGUAUUUAUAACUAUAAAUUUGGUUUCAUUUAAAGAUGUUUGUGUUGCUUAUAAGGAUAUUUUUUAAAGGCCUGUAGAUACCCAAGUGG